GAACUCUUCAUUCACUCUGGAUACUCAGGAUUUCUCAACGUAAAGCCUCGGACCAACUUCAUACCGUCCGGACGGGCCCCGUGAUCUGACCCGCUGCUGGUUUUGGAGAGUAGUUUGUUUUGGAGGAGUUUGUACGGAUCUCUGAUUCGGAUUUGACUCUGAGGAGGAGAAGAACCAGCUCAAGCCCUCAAGAUGCCACGUUCCUUCCUGGUCAAGAAAUAUUUCACCAGCAAGAAGCCGAACUACAGCGAGCUGGAGAGUCAGAACGGCCCGAUCUCGGCCGUCGUCCCCGAGCGCUACCCGCUGGCCGAACUCCCCACCCAAGAGGACAGCUCCCUGGUGACGACCUUCUCCCCCGCCAUCGUAUGGACCACCGCCAUCCCCAUCUCCUUCGCGCCCGCGUCGCCCAUGGCCCCGUCCAUCGCGCCCCUCGACCUCAGUUCCCCCUCCAGCUCGGGCGAGGAAGACGAGGGCAGGUCCUCUGACCCCCCGAGUCCGGAUCCUUCCGACAGGUUCCAGUGCGCUCACUGCGGGAUUUCCUGCAGCGGCCGCGCCGCCCUGUCUCGCCACCAGCUGACUCACUGCAGCGCCAACGCGAACGGCGCCGACAGCGGGAACCUGGCCGAGAACGUCACCGCCAGGGCCGCGUUCCGGUGCAAACACUGUCCCAAAGAGUACAACAGCCUGGGGGCGUUAAAAAUGCACAUCCGGUCGCAUACGCUACCCUGCGUCUGCACCACCUGCGGAAAGGCCUUCUCCAGACCGUGGCUGCUCCGGGGUCACAUCCGCACACACACCGGCGAACGCCCGUUCUCGUGCCCGCACUGCAACCGAGCCUUCGCGGACCGCUCCAACCUGAGGGCUCACCUCCAGACCCACUCGGAGGUGAAGAAGUACCAGUGCGGGACCUGCUCCCGAACCUUCAGCCGCAUGUCGCUCCUGCACAAACACACGCUCUCCAGCUGCUGCUCGUCAGCCUAGAGACCCACGGAGGACCUCGACUCGAGAACUUGGGGGGUGAGGCGAUCCUGCACCCCGAAAGUGACUUUGUUUUAAUGCAAGUGCCUUAUUCUGCCUCGCUGCGUGCAAACCGAAGCUGACCGAGGUGCGGCUUCAUACCGAACUGAACGCUGGCACGGGCGUGUUGCACAAAUUCCCCCGGAAUGUUUCCAAAACUGUUCCAAUCGUCUGGUUUCACACGACGUGGCUCGUUCCCGAGAUGCCCAUCGGUGCUGGCUGGCCCGGCCCUGUGAGCAGCUGCUUGCGAGUGUGUGUGUGAGUGUGUGAGGGGGUGGAGGGGCAUCUCUCACCACGCUCCACACACUCUGAGCGAUGUAUUGGGACAGCUGUGUCAGCGGAGGCGGCGCGUCGACAGAUGAUUCGGCCCCGGAGAGCAGAGCGUUCCACACCUGUCUGAGAAACGGGAGCGAGAACGAUUCAGCGUCAAUGAUUCCAAACAUUCAGAUCCAGUCCGCCGUCAUGUUUCCGGACGGUUUAUUAAACUUGUUUUUUUACUUUAUUACGUUGUAAAGUGUGCACUACAUUCUGGACGCAUGAUGAUUGUUGAUAAAAUGAUAUAGUCUUAUAAUAAAGGUGAGA